AUGAAUGAUCCUGAUCUUGACUUUAUCGACCCCUGGAAAUCAAUCAAUAAACCAACUGGGCUGUUUUUGUUUUCAUUGACUGGUAAUGGUUGUGCCAUUAUGAGUCAUGUGAAGUUCUGGUUUGAUGCUGCAUCUGAUGUUCUAAGUUCACCUGUGGCAUUCUGCUCUGAAACUCUUAAAAUUGGAAACCAACACAAAAGAAAAGAGGAACAGAAUGUUGACCUCCAUGACGGCUAUUAUGUACCUGCAACCGAAAACUUUAGCAAAUCUAUAAAUGAAAUAUUCUGUGUGCUUUCAGGGAACACAACAUUUGAUAUGAAGCAAGUGGAGCAUAGGAAGUGA